AUGGAUAAUACGUAUAAGGUCAACCGCUUUAACAUGCCGCUUCUACAGAUCAUUGGCACAACAGGGCUACACAAGAGCUUCAGUGUAGGCUUUGGCCUCACUGCCAAGGAAGACGAAGGCGCGUUCCAAUGGAUCCUCUCACAGUUGCGUGAGGCUGGUCGGCAGGCUGAUAUUCCGGACCCGGGCGUUGUGAUUACCGACUUUGAUACCGCCCUGAAGAACGCCCUUGACUCUAUCUUCCCAUCAACGCAACAACAAGUAUUCAACAUGCCUCACAACUGGCAGAUCAGUGCGUUGAGCAACAAGAUGAUCGUGAAGAUGACGAUGGAAACCCAAUACUACCCCGGCUCCAAGGCGGACUUUUGA